AUGGAUUAUGAUUCGAUAUUUAAAAAGCUAACGAGAGGGGCAAAAUUCGAUCGAAAAAAGUACAGAGAGGAUGCUGAAAAUUUAGGCAUCAUUCCAAAGAAAGCACCAAAGCUCGAAGAAAACAUAAAAGAAGAUGACCCUAAGAAAGGCAUUUUUGUGACAAAUAUGAAUGCUGAAGAUGAUUCGACUUACCCUCUGCUAUCAGAUUUCAACGGUGUCAACAAGGCGAUUAAAAACAAUCUGAAAGAAGUUCUACGUUGGGAAAAUCCGACGAGAAUUCAAAUGGCGGCAAUUCCUAUCUUACGAGCUGGAAAGAACUGUGUUUGCACCGCGGCAACUGGAAGUGGAAAGACAGGCGCGUUCAUGAUCCCUGUUAUUGAGAAGCUUUUGAAGAUCGGGCGCAAGAAUAUCAAGGACACUCUUUUCACCAUCGUCUUAUCGCCCUCGCGCGAGUUGGCCGAGCAAAUCGGCGGCGUUGGACGAGCUCUUGCACGAGGCCUCUGGCCGAAAAUAUCAGACACAAGUCAGAGCGAUAGAAACAUUCAAAGCUGUCAUAUUCUCUGUGGAACGCCGAAUCGAAUCAUUAAUAUGUUGGAUAGCAAAGAACUCGAUCUGUCGAAGUGUCAAAUGAUCGUUCUUGACGAGUGCGAUAAAAUGUUGGAAAUCACGAAUAAACUCAACCCUGACGAUCCAAAGAGCUUUUCGGCACAAGUUAACAUACUAAGAUCACAGGAAUGGGUCUUAUUCUAG